AUGAAGUCUCUCCUGUUCGCAACCGGCGCGCUGGCCAGCGUGAGCCUGGCAUCCGCAAAAGUCAAUCUACCAAAUGGAUGGUUCACAAUUGCUCCGGAAGAGAAGAUCGAGCCACAGGAGUUCCAUGGCAAACCACGGUAUCUCACAUGGAUGGCCGACUCCCAGAUCAAACACGGUGUUGAGCCAACCACUGCAUAUACCGUCUCGUCCUAUCUCUCGGGAAUCCUACGUGCAUACGACCGUACCCAUGAUGAGAAGUACAGAAACUAUGUGAAGCAUCAUACCGACUAUGUGCUCUACCCAGCAUGGAAUGGAGAAGAUAUCCUCUUGCACAACAACAGCAACUCAAUUGAUGACAUUCGCUUCGGUCAUACUUUCCUAGACAUGUACAACCUCACAGACGGCAAUGAGAUCUACAAGAAAGCAGCACAAGUCUUGCGUGACCAGAUCGAUCGCACUUUCCGCACACCAGAUGGCGGUUUCUACCAUCGCUACCCAGUCUACAUUGAUCAGAUGUGGCUGGACGGCAUCUUCAUGCUUGACGUCUUCUAUGCACGCUGGACCCAUGAGUUCGAGCCUGACAACACCACCGCAUGGGACGACAUUGCCCUUCAAUUCGAUCUGAUUGACGCUGGAACUACCGUGGACCGAAACCGUACCAAUGGCCUACCUGUCCACGGUUUCGAUGUCAGCAAGAAGUCAAUCUGGGCGAACAACCAGACUGGUGCCGCACCGCACGUUUGGGGUCGUGCUGUAGGAUGGUACAUCAUGGCGCUUGUCGACACUCUCGACUACUUCCCUGAGACCCACCCAGGACGCGCACGCUUGUUGAAGUAUCUCCACUCUCUUGCAGAUGCCAUUGUUGCCGCACAGGACCCCGUAUACAAGGGCUGGUACAAUGUCAUGGACCCUGGUUUUGAGUCCAGGUCUGGUAACUACAUUGAGAGUUCGGGAUCCGCCAUGUUCGUUUACGGUCUAAUGAAGAGUUUGCGCAUGGGAUACGUCCAGGGCGACAAGUAUCUCAACGCAGCACUCAGCGGAUAUGAGCUUAUGACGGAGACAUUUUCAAGCAAGCGUGAUAGUGAUGGUGCCUUGGUCUGGGGAUGGACCGCUCAGACUGGUAGCUUGAGCUCCAAUGGCACUUUUGAGUACUACGCAAGCGUACCACUUUUCGAGAAUGAUCUUAAGGGCGUGUCUCCUUUCCUGUACUCGAGUUACGAGUAUGAAUUGUACAUGGAGGCACAGCAGUAG